CAGUGACGUCAGAGGCGCGCCGCGCCGAGAGUCGUGCGGGUGCCGCGGGAGGGAGUCGUGCCCCUUCGCGCUCAUGGUGCGCUGCGGUUGCGCGUUGUUGAGAAAGUAUGGAAAUUUCAUCGAUAACCUAAGAAUCUUUGCCAAGGGAGGAAGUGGUGGAAUGGGCUACCCUCGGUUAGGUGGAGAAGGUGGAAGAGGUGGUGACGUCUGGGUUGUAGCCCAUAAAAGUAUGACCUUAAAACAACUUAAAAACAAAUAUCCUCAGAAACGGUUUGUGGCUGGAGGAGGAACGAACAGUCGAGUUAGUGCAUUGAAGGGCCCCAAAGGAAAAGACUAUGAAAUCCCUGUACCUGUGGGUAUUUCAGUAACUGAUGAAAAUGGUAAAGUUAUAGGAGAACUCAAUAAAGAAGAAGAUAGAAUUCUGGUUGCUAAAGGUGGCCUUGGUGGUAAAUUACAUACAAAUUUCUUACCUUUGAAAGGCCAGAAGCGAAUAAUUCACCUUGACCUAAAAGUUAUAGCUGAUGUAGGCUUAGUAGGAUUCCCAAAUGCUGGAAAAUCCUCUUUACUAAGUCGGGUUUCCCAUGCAAAGCCUGUGAUUGCAGAUUAUGCAUUUACAACACUAAAGCCUGAACUUGGAAAGAUUAUGUACAAUGAUUUCAAACAGAUUUCAGUAGCUGAUCUCCCAGGUUUGAUAGAAGGAGCACAUAUGAACAAAGGAAUGGGCCACAAAUUCCUCAAGCAUUUAGAGAGAACCAGACAACUGCUUUUUGUUGUUGAUAUUUCUGGAUUUCAGCUUUCUUCUGUAACUCCAUACAGAACUGCCUUUGAAACUAUAAUACUUCUUACAAAAGAGUUGGAGUUAUACAAAGAGGAACUGCAGACAAAACCUGCACUCUUGGCAGUAAAUAAGAUGGACUUGCCCGACGCCCAGGUUAAACUGGACGAACUGAUGGAGCAGCUCCAGAACCCUGCAGGUUUUCUGCAUUUAUUUGAAAACAACAUGCUUCCAGAGAAGGCUGUGGAGUUCCAACGUAUCAUCCCCAUCUCAGCAGUUACUGGGGAAGGGAUUGAAGAGUUGAAGAGCUGUAUAAGAAAGUCACUGGACGAGCAGGACAGCAAAGACAGCGAUGCAUAUCAUAGGAGACAGUUGCUUAAUUUGCAGAUUUCCAGUGCAGCAUCCUAGAGUGAGCCACACCAAAGUGUGCUGUUUCUGUUUCCAAAAAGGGCAGUGUUUAAAUCUAGUGUAAUGUAGUGGUGAAAUACCAUUGGGUUCUAACGAAGAAGGAGAUCAUGUUAUUUAAGACUCAGAUGAGCCUGGAAUGCAUUAUGUUCAAAGAAGCUGGCAGGCCCAGCAAGACAUAUAUCACAUAAUCUCACAUGUGGAAUCUUUAAAAAACAAAUUGAACAGGUAGGAAUCCUGAAAAGUCAUAAAUAUUAAGGAGCAGGAAAUAGAAGGUUAAGAGAUGUUGCUCAAAAGAUACAAAGUUUCAGUUACGCUUUGCAGAUCUGUUGUGUAGCUGGUUGUUUAUAGUUAGAACAAUGUAUCAUAUUUUGAAAAUUUAUAAGAAAGUAGGUUUUAACUGUUCUGACCACAAAGAAAAUCUGAGAAAUUUAUUUUAAAUUAGCUUGAUUCUGUAUUUCAAAAAUGCUGUGUAUGAUAAAGAUGCAUGUAUAGUUUUUAUGUGUCAAGUAAAAAUGAUAUUGCAGUUACAUUAAUUUAAAA